CCAGGAGACAGGAGGUAUCCCCACAAGUUAGGGCCUGCCUUGUCCUCUCUGUGCCCCACAGACACCUUUCUUUUUCCGUGCUGGAGCCAGAGGCCUGCUUCUGGGAGAGUUGGUGCUGCGGGCCGGGGCCCUGCUGCCAUGGGAUGUGGUGGCUCCUCAGGAGCAGGCUUCUGGGGAGUGAAGGGAAGCAGGGCCAGGUACAGGGCCUGCUCUUUUCUCCUCGAUCACUAACUCCACACCUGCUGGUGGCCAUUUUGGUAACUGAGCGGAGCAAGGCCGAGGCUGCUGACCUCCGACCUGGCGACAUCAUCGUGGCCAUCAAUGGGGAGAGUGCAGAGGGCAUGCUUCACGCCGAGGCCCAGAGCAAGAUCCGCCAGAGCCCCUCGCCCCUGCGGCUGCAGCUGGACCGGUCCCGGGCUGCCUCGCCUGGGCAGACUAACGGUGAGAGCUCCUUGGAGGUGCUGGCUACUCGCUUCCAGGGCUCCGUGAGGACACACAGUGACAGCCAGUCCUCCCUGAGGUUGUCCUACUCCAGCCCCGCAUCCCUGAGCCCCCAGCCCAGCAGCCCCUCCUCCAGCCUGCCCCCUGGCAGCCCACAGGUCCUUCCUGGAGAGGCAGUGAUCGGCCGCAGUUUCCAGAGCCCGGCAUACUCUCCGGUACUGGCCGCUGACCGCCCGUCCUACGGGAGCCGCCCUGGAAGCCGACAGGCAGGCCGCGGCCGCGCUGGCGAUUCGGCUGUGCUGGCGCUGCUGCUGUCCCCGGGGCCCGGUUCCUCCAGUCCCCGGCUCAGUGUGGACUCGGAAGGGGGCAGCCACCUCCUGGAAGAGGACUCGGAAGUCUUCAAGAUGCUGCAGGAAAAUCGUGAGGGGCGGGUGGCCCCCCGGCAGUCCAGCUCCUUCCGGAUCUUGCAGGAAGCCCUGGAGGCUGAAGAGAAAGGUGGCACACCUGUCUUCCUGCCGAGCUCGCUGAGCCCCCAGGCCUCCCUGGCCACGGGCAGGACCCUGGCCACCCCACCCAAGCUCCACACGUGUGAGAAGUGCAGUACCAGCAUCGCGAACCAGGCGGUGCGCAUCCAGGACGGCCGGUACCGCCACCCCGGCUGCUACACAUGCGCAGACUGCGGGCUGAACCUGAAGAUGCGCGGACACUUCUGGGUGGGCGACGAGCUGUACUGCGAGAAGCACGCCCGCCAGCGAUACUCCGCCCCCUCCGCCGUCAGCUCCCGGGCCUGAGGGCCUCGCUGUGCCCUCAGCCCUGCCCGUAACUGACCCAGAGGCUCUGCGGGCACCUGCCGGCCAGGGGCCAUGCCGGCGAGUGGGCAUGGAAGGGGUGAUGGUGGGUGGCGGUUCUUACCAGAACUCAGUUUGGCGGCCUGAGGCCCUUUCACCCUUGCUGGGUGAGGCCAGAGGCUGGGACCUAUCUUCUGUUGUGGGUGCUGGGGGCAGUCGCACCUUCACAGACCUCUCCUAGAUACUUUCAAGCUUCUGCCCUGCAGGAAUGUGCCAUCAUCUGAGGGGGUGCCACUUUCAUUAUGUUUGUGCACAGGUAUUAAGUAAGUGGGAAAAGGAGCUGACCAUCUAGCCGAGGAGUGGGCCAGAGGCUACAGGGGUUCUCUGUGUAUAGUUUUUGACAUAUGAGCUCUAUAAAUAUAUAUAUAUACUUAGACAAAAUAAAGGAGAUGCUACCGUC